AGGGUGAACAUAAUCCCCUCUCUAUUUGUUUGCCGUGUGGGAAAAAAAAAAUGAAAUGUCAAAUGUCAACAAAAUUGCACUCUAUCAUCUACCCAUCUUUGCCCUAUUUACCACACUUGAAGAACUGCUACUUCGUAUAACAGUUAAAACCCUAGUAUAUUUUCCUUACUCUGCAGCCAUGAGUGAUGAUGGCCACAAGCUUGAGGGUGAUUCGACUCACCCCGAAUGCGAAGUGAAUGAGAUUGAUAGUGUCGAUUCCGAGGAAGAUGAUGAAUAUCCUGAAUCUGACGGCGAGGAAGAUGGCGAAUAUCCUGAAUCUGACGACGAGGAAGGAGUUGGCUCUAACACGUUUGAAGAAAGACCCGUUUAUUCUCCUGAAAGUUUGCAGCGUCGUAUUUCCUGCUUCAUACUUACCCAAAACGUAACUCCUCAUAUCGUGAAAAACAAGGAUUUCAGAGACAUGAUGACAUCACAAUUUCCUUCUUUGACAUUGGACCAUGAGACCACCAUGAAGCAUUGCUUGACCCUUUUUGAAGAAUCAAAGACUGAAGUCAGGCGCUUUUUGAACAGCAUGGGUCGACUCGUUUGUCUUUCGGUUGAUGUGUUAACUCGCUACAGUCAAAUUGAUGUUGGCCCUGAUUUCAUUUGUUUAUCGGCAAGCUUCAUUGACAAUGAGUGGAAGUUGAGGAAAUGGAUUCUCCGUUUUAAGAAGUACAGUAAUGGUGACUUUGAUCAGUUUGUAGUGAAAGCCUUAGAUGACUGGAAUCUGAAUGAUGAUAAGGUGUAUACUUUGACGUCUCGGAAAGUUGAUGCAUCUGGAGAUUAUAUCCAAUCGACUAAGUCCAAGCUUGAGGGGAAGAACAGAUUGCCUUACGAUUCCCAUAUAUUUUCUGUGAGGUGUUGUGCAGAGAUGUUUGGUUUAAUGGCUGAAGAUGCAUUUGGCGAAAUAUCUGAUAUCAUUAGGAUGAUAGAAGAGUUGAACUGGUCAAAAUCGGAAUGCAUGUGGCACCUAACGAACUCCAAGCUGAAAAAUGCUUUGGAAUUGGAAGCUCUUGGAGAGUUCAACUCAGAAUUAGUAACUAAAAACUAUUCUGUUCCAUCUGCUGAACAGUGGGAGAAAGUUCGCAUCGUCUAUAAACUUGUCGAACUCGUGCAUGAUGUGGCAAAAAAGAUAUUUGAGGUUAAAAAUUCAACUGCUAAUUUAUUUCUGUAUAAUUUUCCACAGCUUCGCACAAGUUUGGUUCUUGAAGCAAGUAGUCCAGAUGCUUUCACUCUCAAACUUGCAAAGAAAAUGCUAAAGAGGUUUGAUAAGUACAUAAAGAAGAAUUACCUGGUCUUGGCCAUCGCCUCCGUGAUGGACCCACGUUGCAAAAUGCAAUUCAUAGAGGAUGUUUCAGCAAAACUUGAAGGUAUAGAUGGAUUACCUCAAGCCAGUGCUGUUUUGGAGACGGUCAGAAGUAUUUAUGAACAUAAUGAAGCUGUUAAAGUCAAUGAGGAGACAGUGAAGUCGGAUUUGGAUUUGUAUCUAGAGGACCCUGUCUUGCCACGGGAAGAGAAAUUCAAUGUCUUAAAAUGGUGGGAAUCGGAAGGAGUUCUGAAGUAUCCAAACACGUCUGAAGUUGCCCGUGAAGUUCUUGCUAUUCCGAUGUCAGUUGCAAGUUCGUUCAAUGCAUACUAUUACUUGGAGAACAGACCCCCACCAGAUGUAUCUAUAACCACUUCUGGAUCUCAGGUAAUGAAUGCUGUGGUGUGUUGCAGGAGUUGGAGGCCUGAGAAACGUCUGUCUGCUUUCGAAAUCAAGUUCCUCUUUCACUCCGCUGGUGUUAAUAUUUUCUAAGCUAUUUAUUCCUAAGCUGUUUGGGUCAUCUCUUUUGAAACUUUCUGGAUCCUUUUUGUUUUUGAUAAUAUAUCCAGGUUCUUGUUGAAUGGCUCACCUAGCUGCUGCUGUUGCUAACUUUUGAUUUGGCUUUUCGUCUACCUCUUGUUUAUCUCUGUAAUUUCCCGAAUUCUGAAAACAAUAUCCUUUGUGAGUCUGUGACUUUGUGCCCUUUGAGCUUAUGCUGCAAUUACGCUUUUCUGCUUACUA